AUGGGAAAGUUGAUCUGGGUCUGUGCGGCACUGAUGGCAGUGUUUGUUACAGGUGAGUCCCUGACCUGUAACACCUGCAGAGUGGGGCUCGCAGGUAAAUGUCUGUUCGGCUCCUCAAUGACUUGCAGUGACUCUCAGCCCAACUGCUACUGGGGAAAACUUGCCUUUAACAUCAGUAGGCUGAUGAGCCUGGAGACUCAAGGUUGCCUGGCCUCUUCUCUCUGCAACCAAACUGAAUCCGGAGCCCUCCUCACUGCCGGAUACACCGUCACCAGGACCUGCUGCAGCAUCGACCGCUGUAAUGGAGCCACAUCCAUCCAGCUGCCUCUCACUGCUGCUUUGGGCGCUGCCAUACUGGCCAUUUGGAGCACCAGAGGCAUUUAA